AUGUCUUGUCCUGUUAGUCAGCCUGUCACUUAUAUAAGCCUUGUGAGCAAACCGAGGCCUGAAGACAUGCAGUCUGCCUUCAACACAAACGUGAUGGGCCCAAUGAACAUCAUUAAGGAGUUUCUGCCCUAUCUACGGACAGCAGCCAAAGCCAGUGGGAAACCAGGGAUGUCCUGCAGCAAGGCAGCUGUUAUCAACAUUUCCAGUAUGCUAGCAUCCAUGGCUUUGGUUGAAGCGUCAUACUCAUUCUUCCCCGCCGUGUCCUAUCGUGUCAGCAAGGCAGGUUUGAACAUGCUGACCAUGUGUACAGUGGAAGAGUUCAAAAAGGAUGAGAUUCUGUUUGAUAACUUGCACCCCGGCUGGGUUCGCACUGACAUGGGAGGAGAGGGGGGGGAGAUAGACGCACCAGAGAGUGUGGAGGGACUUCUGCGUGUGAUGAAGUCCCUCACUGAGAAGCAGAAUGGCACAUUCAUGGACUACAAAGGCAGCGUUUUGCCCUUUUAAAUCCAUUACUGCCCUCUUACUGAUGUAGGCCCUAACUGUACACGCCAAGUAAAUAAAAAGACA